GCCCGGCCGGCUAGUGCUGUGGUUGCACGGGAGCGCGGGCUGCACGCGUCCCCGCCGCUGCGCCGUCCUCCCUCCGGGCUCCGACCGCCACCUGGGGAUCCAAGCGAGGGCGGGCUGUCCUUGUUAGAAGGCACCAUGAAUUGGCAUUUUCCCUUCUUCGUCUUGACCACAGUGACUUUGUCUUCUGUGUACUCCCAGUUCAACUCUCUGUCUCUGGAGGAACUAGGCUCGGACACGGGGAUCCAGGUUUUCAAUCAGAUCAUCAGGUCACGGCCUCAGGAAAACAUUGUUGUCUCCCCACAUGGGAUCGCAUCCAUCCUGGGCAUGCUGCAGCUGGGGGCUGAUGGCAGGACGAAGAAGCAGCUCACGACGGUGAUGAGAUACAGCGUAAACGGAGUUGGUAAAGUACUGAAGAAGAUCAACAAGGCUAUAGUCUCCAAGAAGAAUAAAGACAUCGUGACCGUGGCCAAUGCUGUGUUUGUCAAGAACGGCUUUAAAAUGGAAGUGCCCUUUGCCGCCAGGAACAAAGAGGUGUUCCAGUGUGCGGUGCAGAACGUGAACUUCCAGGACCCAGUCUCUGCCAGCGAUUCCAUCAAUUUUUGGGUGAAAAACGAAACCAGGGGCAUGAUUGACAACCUGCUUUCCCCAAAUUUGAUCGAUGGCGCCCUCACCAGACUGGUCCUUGUCAAUGCAGUGUAUUUCAAGGGUUUGUGGAAAUCCAGGUUUCAACCCGAGAGCACAAAGAAACGGACCUUCGUGGCAGGUGAUGGAAAACCCUACCAGGUGCCCAUGCUGGCCCAGCUCUCCGUGUUCCGUUCUGGGUCGACCAGCACCCCGAAUGGCUUAUGGUACAACUUCAUUGAGCUGCCCUACCAUGGUGAAAGCAUCAGCAUGCUGAUCGCCCUGCCCACCGAGAGCUCCACCCCACUCUCAGCCAUCAUCCCCCACAUCAGUACCAAGACCAUCGAUAGCUGGAUGAACACCAUGGUACCCAAGAGGAUGCAGCUGGUUCUGCCCAAGUUCACAGCUGUGGCACAAACAGAUCUGAAGGAGCCACUGAAAGCUCUUGGCAUCACUGAGAUGUUUGAGCCAUUGAAGGCAAAUUUCGCAAAAAUCACAAGGUCAGAAAGCCUUCAUGUCUCCCACAUCUUGCAAAAAGCAAAAAUUGAAGUCAGUGAAGAUGGAACCAAAGCUUCAGCAGCGACAACUGCAAUCCUAAUUGCAAGAUCAUCACCUCCCUGGUUUAUAGUAGACAGGCCUUUCCUGUUUUUCAUUCGACAUAAUCCCACAGGUGCCAUCUUGUUCCUGGGGCAGAUAAACAAGCCCUGAAGAAUAGGCAGAAGAAACCCACGCAAAGCGAAGAUGACUUUGUUCUGAAGAAGACUCCCUUCUCCACAUCUUUCAUAUUUCUGUUAAAUAUUUUUGUACACCGCUUUUUUUUUUUAAACUGGUUCAUCGCAACGGUUCAGUGAUGCAAGUGUUUCUGGUCAGGGCUGUGUCGGAAGAAAGGGCAGGAUGGCUGGGAUGCGGCUGUCAAGAAUGAACGGGGGGCUUCAAGACGUCCAACAGAGUUCCUUAAACUACUGAUCAGUUACCUAGAUUAACAACCGCUUUGAGUAUUUGCUGUCUAUCCAGUUCAGGACUUCCGUUUCGUUUUUGUUUAUAUGUGUGACUUUCCAGGAGAAGUUUAAUCAGUGUGACAGGAGGGAAAAAAAAAAACAUUUUAUAGUUCUUUUUAUGGGAAAAACAUCAUUUGCCUUUUUGAUUCCCCCCCCCCCUCCUCACUUCCACCCAAAGGCUUGAAGGUGGUAAGGGGUGGAACUAGCGAAAGCUGUAGCCUCUUCGUGUGUUGUUUUUGUUGUUGUUGCUACGGUUGUUUUAUAUAACGCAUGUAUCCACUAAAAUAAAGUUUGAAAACUAACGUCUCGCUAGACACAAUUUGCUGUCAAGCCACGCACCCGUCACUACUGGUCCGUACUCUUUGGAUUGGCAUUUUUGUAUUUUGUACAGAGUAAGAAAUAAAGUGUUACGAGUAGUAGAAAUUUAAAAGAA